ACUUUUAAUAAACCCUUCGUACUCUUACUGUGCCCAUGUGUAACUAAAGUCCAGUAUCAUAGAGAAAAUAUUGGAAUCUUAUGGGUUACCCGCAAAUACGCUCAUUCUAGCAUAUACUACUCUGACACUGACUCAGGAAACGUUAUCUCUUUACAAUAGAGAAUAAGCUUUGAGAUGGUUUAUAAGGGUGGAAAGGCUAACCGGUCGCCUUCUUGCGUCUUUGUCGGCAACUUGCCAGAAAAGGUGGACGAUCGCGAUAUUCACGAGAUAUUUGACAAGUACGGUGAAAUCAGAGAUAUCGACAUUAAACAUGGAAAGACAUCGAAUUAUACCUCAUACGCCUUCAUCGAGUUUGAGUCGGUACGCUCCGCCGAAGAUGCUGUUGAAUGCAGAGAUGGGUACGAGUUUGACAGAUAUCGGCUACGUGUAGAGUUUGCCGGUGAAAAGAAGUCGAGGAGACAUCCAAGGAGUAGCUAUGAGGAUCGUGGAUCCAGAUAUCCACCACCCACUAGAACCGAUUAUCGCCUAGUUAUUAGCAACUUGCCUCACGGAUGCCGCUGGCAACAUCUCAAGGACCACAUGCGCAAGGCUGGGCCCGUAGGAUAUGUCAAUAUUCAACAUGGAAGAGGCUAUGUUGAUUUUAUGCAUAAAUCAGAUAUGAAAUAUGCUCUCAGAAAACUGGAUGGAACAGAGUUGUCAACCUCCGAGGAUUCUGCUAGAAUUAGGAUCAAAAAGGAUGACUACCGCAGGAGUAGGUCCAGAGACGCCUACAGGCGCAGAUCCCACUCUCGUGGUCGUUAUGCGAGCCGCUCUGGGUCACGCAGAAGGAGCCGUUCAAGGUCUCGUGACGGAUAUAGAAAUUCAAGCAGAUCCGCAUCCCGUGAUGGAGCACGCAAACGCUCGCUUUCAUCCAGCAGACACUCUAGAUCAUUGAGCAGAGAUUCUAGAAGUGUAGAUUCCAAGAGAUCCUUGAGUAGACAUUCAAGAUCUUCCAGUCGUCAUUCUAGGUCCAGGAGUGCCGGAUCUAGAAGAUCUGCAGAUAGCAGAGGUGAGGCAUAUCACACCAGCAGGUCUUAUCAAGAAAGAUCAAGAAGUGCAUCUAAACAUAAUGGAAGUGAAGGACACAAGAGUCCAGAGAAAACUCAAGAGUAA